AAAAAAAAAAUGAGUGUGAGCAGGCCAUCAGGGGGUUUUGCUGACGCGAGCCAAAAAGAAGGUCCAACUAUCCUGAAUUUUUAUUUUUUCGAACCCGGAAUCCACUGAAAUGCCCAUUGACGAUACCGACAAUAACCAUCUUAACACAUGGGUACUCGUGCUUGCAUGCAUCCUUGUAGCAUGGCACACCUUCAUGGUGCUUCUCAGCCUGCUAGGCCAAUACGUUGGACAAACACGAUAUAAGCAAAAACUCACACCUCAAACCCCGCAAAUGGCGUUGGAACAUGUCCCAGGCGUUUCCAUCCUACGUCCCCUCAAAGGCAUCGAUCUUGAACUGGAGGAAAACCUGCGUUCUUCGUUUGAACAACGAUAUCCCAAAUUUGAAAUCAUCUUUUCCAUCGCUUCUCCCAACGAUCCUGCCAUUCCCAUCGUGGAACGACUCAUGAAAGAAUACAAAGAAGUUGACAGCCGUUUGAUUAUUGGUGACAAAUGUGUGGGUAUCAAUCCUAAAAUCAACAACAUGAUCGAGUCGUAUCACUCCGCCAAGCAUGAUAUCAUCUGGAUCCUGGAUUCCAAUGUGCGCGUCGAUCGCGAUACCAUGGGUCGCUCUGUGGACUUGUUGUUGGAACCGGGUAUCGGUCUUGUGCACCAUUUACCUAUCGCGGUGGAUCCGGCCAGUUAUGCGGCCGAGGUCGAACAGGUGUUUCUCGAUACCAAUCAUGCUAAAAUGUACCUUGCUAUUAAUUGGGUUGGCGUGGCUUCGUGCGUCAUGGGAAAAUCCAACUUGUACCGUCGAUCUGAUUUGGAUAAAGUCGGCGGUCUUGAAGCUUUUGGUAAAUACAUGGCCGAGGACAAUCUGGUCGGCGAAGCCUUGUGGCACCAAGGUCUGAGACAUCGGAUGAGCAGCGACACCGCAUGUCAAGUGCUCGGCCCGAUUUCUCCAAAAGGAUACUGUGCGCGACGCGCUCGUUGGGUGCGACUUAGAAAAUACAUCGUGACCGCCGCCACUCUCACGGAACCUUUCACGGAAUCCAUUGUUUGUGGUCUUCUCGGGGCACUUGGUUACCGCUUGCUUUUCGGCAUUUCGGCCGUGCAGUUUUUCCUCGUUCACUGGUCGCUGUGGUUUGUCAAUGAUCUUUGGCUUUUCCGUACAUUAAACGGCGCCGCCCCGGAUCACCGCCUUCGUCAACCUAUUCCGGCCCCUUUUGCGUAUGGAAAAUUCCUUCGUGCUUGGCUCUCGAGAGAAGUCCUCGCUCUCCCUCUUUACAUGUAUGCCAUGUUUGGCACCCAAAUUGCCUGGCGCGACCAACAAUACCGAUGUUUGUCCGAUGGUACUGCCGUUGCCAUAUCAUCCGAUGAUACGUUUCAUACCACUGCUCUUUUAACAAACAGCAUAAAUGAUGAUGACAAGACGUUUUAAUAUCCUGAUGACAACAAAAAAAAACGCUUUAAUAUCCUUUCCCCUACUCUAAUCUGCUCUUUGCUUUUCCCUCUAACCGAGAACAUAGCUUUUAAUAUGUUACAUACGCACCCAUCAUCAAUCC